AUGGCCGAACAUCCCACCCAUAUUCGACACCUACUCCUUUACGAGUUCGAAUCUGGCCACCUCGCUGCUGAAGCUCAUCGAAACUUAAGUCAAGUAUUCGGCACUGAAGCUCCUUCUGAGCGGUCUGUGAGCGCCUGGUUCCAGCGCUUCAAAGCCGGAAACAAGAAAGUCAAAGAUGAGACUCGCUCUUAUCGACCGACUGCAAUAUCGUCCAACGAACUGAAGAAUCUGGCGGAGCAUCAUCCAUAUGAAGAUGUGCGGUAUUUUGCUGCCAGUCUUGGCUGUUCGCUGUCCACCGUGAGCAGUGGACUGCGAUCUCUCAGAAUCGUGAAAAAGCUCGGUCAGUGGCUCCAAAGACGUCUGGACAUCUGCACUCAGCUACUCUUCAGAAGCCGCAGAUUCGACUGUCUGGACACCAUUGUCACUGGAGAUGACAAAUGGGUCUUCUAA